AAAAGGCCCAUAGAGGAUCUCUGGAGAGUCUGGUCUGGACCUUCCCCAGAGUUUGUCUUUCUCACAACACAGCAGGAGGUUCUCUGCAGGAUUCAGACGUCCAGCAGGUGACGGUGAGUAAAGCUGCUGUUCCUCCUGAGCAGCAGCAGUGGAGCCCCCAUGUGGACCAGGAGAUCCCAGUGCUCCCCCAGAUUAAAGAGGAACAGAAGGAACUGAGGAUCAGUCAGGAGGGAGAGCAGCUUCAAGGACUGGAGGAGGCUGACAUCAUAAAGUUCACAUUUACUCCUGUCGCUGUGAAGAGGGAAGAAGAUGAAGAGAAACCUCAGUCGUCACAGCUUCAUCAGAGUCUGGCUGAGGAAAACAGAGCGGACUGUGGAAGACCAGUACCAGCCAGGAACUCAGGUCCUGAUGGACAUUUACAACCAGGUCCCAGGGACAAGCUUUCAAACUGCUCUGAGCCUGUGGCUGAAAACAGAGGUGGUGAUUGGAGGAAGACCAUGGAAUCUCCCUCUUAUUUAAACACAAGAAUUAACAAACAUCCCUGCAACACACUGCCGAUCGUGAGGCUCCCUCAAGGCCUGGAGAAGAUCCUGGCUAAUGUUGGAUAUGUGAACGGAGAGUUGCUUUACAGGGUUCCAGCAGCUCCUCCUCUUGUUGCUCCUGCUCCUCAAGCCAAACCCCUGAUUCCACAAAAGAGAAGGCGGGUAAACCAGCUGGACGACAGUAGGCCGUACAUUAAGAAGCCGCCAAACGCUUUCAUGCUUUUCAGAAAGGAAGAGAGGCUGAAAGUCGUGGCUGAGCUCAACAACGCCAACAGUGCAACUGUUAACACCAUCAUUGGACAGAGGUGGAAAGCGCUGCCCAGAGAGGUGCAGGCCAAAUACUACGAAGAAGCUGAGAAGGAGAGGCAGAUCCACAGUCAGCGCUUCCCCAACUGGUCCUCGAGUGACAACUACGGCAAAAAGAGGAGGAGGAUCAGGAGGAAGGGUCUUACCAUGACUGAAGGAACACUCGAUGCACCGUGAACCGUCCACAGGACACUUUGGAUCCCCCCCCCACAGGGUAAACCAGCUGGAGGACAGUAGGCCGUACAUUAAUGUCAACACAACCCCCACCCCCUCUGUAUCAUUGAAAUGAAAUUUAAUUGAAUUCCAACAUGAGUUUUGCAGGGAUUUGAAAGUUUCACUGGAUGAAACAUGAGGAAUCAGUUUUAAAGGUUGUUUCUGUGGGAUCCAUGAUUUGUGUGAACAAAGUUUGACAGUCAAAGGUUGUGAAUAUAUUUAAAACAGAAGAACCUGCUGUGUUCCACUGAGUCUGAGCUUCACUUGGACCGACUCAUCAGGGGACGUGGAAUGUUAUGAAGCUAAUGUCCCUCCGUGUUAUAGUUAUAGUUGUAUUUCACUCUGCUAACCUCACUGUGGCGCUAGA